UGCAAAUCAAAAGAUAUAAAUAAAAACUUAAAUUCAACAAAAUUAAAGGAAUUAGCCAUUAUGGAGGAGAUUAAUUGCUUUGUGCUGCAACAAAAUGUCAUGAAUAUUUUGAAAAAUGCCGAAACUGAAGAUUUUGAAUCCAAAAUAAAGCUUCAAUUUGACAAUACAGAAGCAAAUAUCGAGAUUAGUGACAAGAAGUCAGCAGUUGAACAUGCAUUAAGGGAUAUCCUGAUCAAGAAUUGCGUCGAAAACAUUGAAACAGUUGAGAAAAUUGUCGAUUUAUCAAUGAAAUUAGCAAGACAGGACAUUAUAUCAGCAUUCUUUCCAGUUUCACUUCUUGUGGAUGUAUUUGAUGUCAAAACAUUGGAUUUCUGUGAGAAUUUAUUCACAUUUGUGGAGCAAAAUGUUAAUGUUUUUAAGGAACCGCACUUUUUUACACCAUGUAAAAAUUCAUUAUUAAGGAUGUGCAAUGACUUGCUCAGAAGAUUAUCAAGAUCCCAAAAUACUGUCUUUUGUGGACGAAUUCUUAUGUUCCUGGCUAAAUUCUUCCCAUUUUCUGAACGUUCUGGACUUAAUAUUGUAUCAGAAUUCAAUGUCGAAAAUAUCACAGAAUUUGAGUUCUCAUCAAAUGUUGAAGGAACUGACGAAAUUCCACAAGAACCAGAAUCAAUGGCUGUUGAAGAUCCAUCAACAUUAAAAGUCGAUAAACAUUUAUAUUUAAAGUUUUGGGCAUUACAGGAAUUCUUUAGAUGUCCAUAUACAUGCUAUGAUAAAGAAAAAUUCAAGAAAUUCGCUGGAUAUACAAAAGAUGUCCUCGCAGCAUUUAAAAGCUUCAAAUUAGAAGAAACUGGAGAACUUUCAUCAAAAUCAGUCAAUGAAAUAAUUCAAAGCACAAAAGAUUCUGAACAAUUUUUUGCUAAAUUCCUCACAAAUCCAAAACUUUUGUCACUUCAACUUGGCGAUUCCAAUUUCCGUCGUACGAUUCUCGUUCAAUAUUUGAUUCUAUUUCAAUAUUUGGUGUCAACAAUUAAGUUUAAAGGUGAAAAUGACAAGUUAAAUAAUACACAACAAGAUUAUGUCAAGGAAACGGAAUCUUUGGUCUAUAAACUGCUGAAUGAGACACCGCCAAGAGGUAAAGAAUUCUCAGAAGCUAUAAAGCACAUCCUUAAACGUGAGGAAAUGUGGAAUAAUUGGAAAAAUGAUGGAUGUAAGGAGAUUAAACGUCCAGAAGGACAUGAAAAGGAAGUUCCAGAAUCCAGAAAGAGGAAAUUAUUAGGUGAAGAAAUCUGUACAGCUAAUAAGCUUGGAAAAUUUGAUCUUGGAAAUCCAGAAUUAACUAGAUUAUGGAAUUUAUGUCCAGAUAAUCUACAAGCAUGUAAAGGCUUAGACAGAAACUUUUUACCGCCAUUAGAAACAUAUCUUGAGAAUAAGGAAAUGAGUUCCGAUGAUCCAACAUAUUUAUGGCGUGCAUUACGUCUUGUGUCCAAACAAAGUUCACAUUUCUUUACGCUGUUGGCACCGCCAAAUGAGAAAAUUGAAAAAAUUGCCGAUUACUUAAAACUUUUCAGUCAAAAAAUCCAAAAAGAUAAAAUUGAAAUAAAGCAAGAAGCAGGCACAGGAAUUGAUAUAGAACAAGCUGAAGCAUUUGUGGAAGAGCAUGUAAAUUCAGAGCAGAUUGAUGAUGUUGAGCCUGAAGAUGAGAAUCCACAUAAAGCUAAGAAAGCAACGCCCGAACAAAUUGUUGAAAUUGCAAAGGCAAUUGGUGAUGAUUGGCAGAAACUAGGGAAAAAGUUGGGUCUGGAAAAGGAUGUGAUUGAAUAUUUUGUUGUUAAGAAGCCAGAUGCACCAUGUGAAUUGUUGCUGACACAAUUAUUUGAGGAAAAUGACGAUGAAGAUCUGGAAAGUUUGGCUUACACACUUGAAGGCAUGAAAGUCAUUAAAGCUGCAAAUUUGGUCAAGAAAAUGUGCGAAUCGGAAGAGACAAUGCAAGUUGAAUAA